AGACAGUCCGUGUAACCCAGUUUUACGAAAGCAACGCGGAAGUAAAUUAAAUACAAUAAGAAGUGACGUUCGAAUUACUCAUUUAUGAGAGAUUGUCUAAUCAUUAUUGUGAUUUAACACUAUAUUCGAUUCAGGUAACACCUGUAAAAGGCAUAAUGUCAACAGCGAAAGUAAAGGUCGUUGCCUUGCGUUCACCAAAUAGGAAAGAACAAGGUCAUUUUAACUUAAGUAUCGAAAUCGUGCCAAAGAAAAAUGCUGAUUCCAUAAUAAAGAAAAGGCAAAAUGAGUAUGACGUUGAUAACUGUAUAAUGCCACCAACGUCUCCCGAUAUUGUACUGCCUUUGGAUAAGGACAAGAAUUGCGAGGUUAAAUUCGCCAUCGAGGGAGGUCUCAAGCCAGCUGCAGUCAUGCAUGACGGCGAAGAUAUUAUUGUGUAUUCGGAUAAAAGAAAAACAGAUGCCCGAAAAAUUCUGCUUAUUAUUCCAAACAAUGAAUCGGACAAGGCCAGCAUUGUUUUCAAAGUAGGAGACAAGUUCAAACACAGGAUAAACAUUGUUGAUGUCCCGUGUCAGACAGAAACAGUUUCUCCAGGACUAGCUGCGAUGAGUAUCUCUGAAGGCGCCACCUCAGGAGACCAGACCUCUGUGAUGAUGGCAAAUACAGAAACUAGCAGUGCAGGAGACUCGACAGAAUUAAAGACGUCAUACAGAGGGGACACGACAGAGUUAAAGACGUCAUACAGAGGUGGUGACACAAGCUAUGAAAGGGGAGACCUGGCAAAGCCCGUCAAUCCGACUAGUGGAUUGACAUACGUUCCUGCUGUCUCAUAUGAUGCUGUAGGGGGCGCAAUGCCAGUUCCAUCCACUACUCUAACGUCAGUUGCUUCUGGUCUUAGCGUUCAGGAAGGAUCUUCGUAUGAGGCAGAAGAAUCGGCCUACACAACGCUGAUAAGCAGCAAAUCACUGAAGGUUCUUGCAGGUGUUAUCAGUCCAAAUGAUUUUAACGCGCUAAUAAUUCAUCUGGAAGUACCCGCAGCAACGAUUCAACAAGAAAGACGUAAUCACCCAGGCGAUAUUGGGUCAGCAAACUUUGAAUGCUUACUCCACUGGCGCAGCAAGGGGGAGAACACUCAGGAAGCCGACAAAAGACUGUUUGAUAAACUAAUCGAAGCAUUGACUGAAAUCAAAAGAAACGACAUUAUGAGAGCUUUGCUGAAAGUAUUAAAUGAAGGCCCAAGGCAUCUGAAGGAGAAAGAUUUCCCACACAUGUAAUGCUUAACGCACCUGAGCACAUGGUGCUGAGUGAGCUUUGUUGAUGUUUCGCUCCUUGAAUCCUGAGUCUUAAAACUCAAGACGAAAGUGAAUAUAGGCCUUAAACUGUAUGCACAAAUCACUCUUUAGUUGCAUGUAGAGCGAUUACUUUUUUUCUAAUUUUUUCUGCACCAUUCAAUAUAUUUAGUAACUUUUGAAAACAAUAACGCAGAGUCGGUAUGGACGAGGGUGCGUUUACAGUGCUGUACAAUACUUGUGUUAUUCUGAUAAAACUGGCACUGCUAUUUCCAUAUUAUGUAUGUUGUUUAUGUAACCGAAUCUUUCCAAUAACAGCGAAUACGCCAAUUGUCUUGUUUGUUGUUGUUCUUCAAGUGUAUGUAUCUUUUAAUCAUAAUAAACUAACAUUUGUACUGUUACUUAUGCAUCUUAAAAAAAAUCUAUAAACCA